AUGAAGCAGCACCGGCAGGAAGUGGUCGCGUUCAUGGACGCCAUGGUCCGAGAGCACGGGGAUAGCAGAGUAGCUGACGACGACGACGACAAGGAAGACCUGCUCGACGUGCUGCUGAGGAUUCAGAGGGAAGGUGAUCUGCAGUUUCCACUCACCACCGAUAACAUCAAGUCAGUGAUCGGAGACAUGUUCGCCGGAGGCAGCGAGCCGGCUGCGACGACGCUGCAGUGGAUCAUGGCGGAGCUCAUGAGCAACCCAAGAGUGAUGAAGAAGGCACAAGACGAGGUCCGGCGAGCGCUCGCCGUCGCCGGCCGGCAGAGAGUAACAGAGGACGACCUGAGCAAUCUGCACUACAUGCACCUGGUCAUCAAGGAGGGCCUCCGGCUACACCCACCCUUGCCACUUCUGCUUCCACGAGAGUGCCGGAGCUCAUGCCAGGUGCUGGGAUUCGACGUGCCGGCGGGCACGAUCGUGUUCGUGAACGCCUGGGCGAUCGCGAGGGACCCCAGCUCCUGGGACAAGCCUGAGGAGUUUGUGCCUGAAAGAUUUGAAGGCAGCGGCGUCGACUUUAAGGGGACGGACUUCGAGUACGUGCCGUUCGGGGCAGGACGAAGGAUGUGCCCGGGCAUGGCGUUUGGGCUUGUGACCAUGGAGCUUGCACUCGCUAGCCUACUGUACCAUUUUGACUGGGAGCUGCCGCCUGGGAUGACGGCCAUGGAUAUAGACUUGUCGGAGGAAAUGGGGGUCACGGCUCGACGGCUCCACGACCUCUUGCUUGUUCCCUUCGUCCGAGUGCCCGUGCAAAUAUAA